AGUGACCGAGCGCGAUUUUUUUUGUAGUUCUGGAUCCAGCUUUGUUUUCCCAGUGUACAGCGCAUCGACAUGACGAGCACCACAACGACUCAACGGGAGAACGACACCACUGCCUCAACCCCAUCCCCCAUUCCCCAACCAAGCAUCAGGCUCGAGAUCCAGAAAUUCAAAAUGACGGACAUUCGCCGCGACUCGACGCUGUGUUGCAUUGCACCGCGUGGCUCCGGCAAGUCCUUCUUUGUCAGAGACCUCAUGUACCAUCUCAAAGAUAUUCCACGCGGCAUCGUUUUCAGCGGCACGGAGCAUGCGAAUCCAUUCUUUUCGAGCUUCAUUCCAGACACCUAUAUCCACCCACGAUACCAAUCCGAGAUCGUCAAAAAGAUCAUCGACAAACAAGCCGAGCGUCUGCGUGUCUCACACGAGGGCAAGACCGUCGAUAAUGGUGUCUUUAUCAUCAUGGACGACUGCCUGGCAUCGGCGAAUUGCUGGAAGAACGACCCGACUCUGUGUGAGAUCCUGAUGAACGGCAGACACUACAAUAUCUUUUACGCUUUGACCAUGCAGUAUCCCCUUGGAAUCCCGCCGAAUCUCAGAAGCAAUAUCGACUACUCGGUCAUUUUUCGAGAACCCAAGCGUAUCAACCGUAAGCUGCUGUGGGAGCAUUAUGCGAGCGUUAUCCCCAGUCUGGAUUUAUUCAACGACAUCAUGGAUCAGUGUACCGGGGACUACAACUGCAUCGUCAUCAAGAAUAGCUCGACCUCGAACAACUUCAUGGACUGUGUCUUUUGGUAUAAAGCAGAGGCACGCGAAGACUUCCGUGUUGGCUGCGAGCGAUUUUGGCGAUCGCAUUUGGACCAUUAUCGGCCCGAAGCCAAAAAGCAUCCCGCGGAUAUCAAGAAGACAUCCGAGCUGGUGUCUUUGUUCGCUCCCAGCAAGAAAAAAAUCCACAUCACCAUUCACAAAACAGACCCUGACGAGGACGAUCUUUUCGCGUGAGAUCCAAUUGACGCGUUCUCGCAAAGCAUUUUUUCUCGGCCUCUACCAACGACUAGCCAGUUGCUGAACCAUCAUGACCACAACAGCGGCUACUGAAAGAUUUGUUCUCGAGAGCUUCCACCCCUUCUCUCCAGAAUAUCACGCGAUCAUUCGACCCUACGCCGUGUUCGAUGCGGGCGAUCUGGUCGAUGUCCAUCGCGGGCUCGCGAUCCUUUUUCCAGCUGGUGAAUUCGUGACGAUCACCUCCGAGACCACCCCCGACAUCACCCAAAUCACCAUCGAGAACGCCCAGGUCACUGCUUCCGACUGGAGCAUCUUAUUGGCCAGGUGCUGCCCUGGGAUCGAGUGUAGGAGAUGGUAUCUCCGACGCUGUGCUGCGCGUACUGCGCGUACUGCGCGGCGCAGUGGGUCGUGACCUGUGCUGCGCUUUGCGUUUUCACGCACCGCAGGCAGGCCACCGCAGGGUAUACCUGCGGGUUGCCCCCGUUCCCC